AUGAUCCUGACUAAUUAUCUGCUUGUUGCCCUAGCGGCCAGCCUCUUCCCAGAAGCCUCGGGACGCUUCAUCUCAUUGCUCGGAUCCAGUCAGAGCUUGUUGCAGACAGGAUGUGAUGGCACUGGCAUCGUGGAUGGCGGUCACUGCAAUGGCACCGGUGUGGUGGACGACCCACUCCCCAAGCACCGAGAAGGCUUUCAGUUCGAGAACCCAUCGACCAACUGCAAAUACGUGUCUCAGAUGCACAUCUGGGAUUCCUUCAAAGAUCUGGAGAAAGACAUGAACAAAUUGUUUACACUGAUUCACAAGGACGUCAAGUUUACCGUGGUCGGCCACCACCCGAUCGCCGGCCGCUACCACGAUCUGAUGCAUUUCUACGUCAAUGCCCUGCGUCGAGUCAGUGUGUUGUUUUUCGACCACGCAGAUCUAUUUGAGAUCCACCCACAGGCAAUCUUCGGCGGAUGUAACGCUGAAUGGUCGGUGCAGGAGAUUCAAUUCAAGGGUGUCAUGAAUUCCGGUGACAGAUUCGAUAUCGUCAACGUGUGGUUCACCCGCUGGCACCGGGGCCAGAUGGUCGAGAUCCGCACUUAUAUUGACGCGCCUAAGAUCAUGGAGGCAUUGCACAAGAAUGAGAUCUGGUGGAAUGGCACCACCCUGAGGGAUAAUCUACAUUACAUGCCUGGUCCGGCAGGUAUGCCGGACCUGACAGAGCUUGAAAAGCUGUUGGGUCGUCCAGACGGAAGCAAAUACGAGUAA